UGUGACAUAAAAGUGUGCCACAAUGGCGGAGGAGGAGAAUGCUGCCGAUGUGACACUAACAUCUGUCAAUCAAACCACACCGCCCAAUGAAAUUGAGGCCUCAUUCCUUCAGUAUAUAGAAAUGGAAAACUUUAAAUCCUAUCGAGGUCAUGUUCUUGUGGGUCCACUAAAACAAUUUACCGCAGUAAUUGGCCCCAAUGGUUCAGGUAAGUCCAACUUCAUGGACGCCAUCAGUUUUGUUAUGGGUGAGAAAACCACUAGUUUGCGUGUAAAACGUCUGAACGAUCUCAUACAUGGCUCAUCGAUUGGACGACCUGUGGCACGCAGCUGUUAUGUUACAGCGAAAUUUAUUGUCAAUGGUGACUACCAGUUGGAUUUCCAACGUGCAGUUAUUGGUGGUUCUUCUGAGUAUAGAAUAAAUGGGAACAGCGUAUCCAGUUCAUCAUAUUUGGCAAGACUGGAAAAGAUGGGCAUUAAUGUCAAGGCGAAGAACUUUUUAGUUUUCCAAGGUGCAGUUGAAAAUAUUGCAAUGAAAACACCCAAGGAGAGAACAGCUUUAUUUGAAGAGAUUAGUGGGUCUGGCUUACUAAAGGAAGACUAUAAUCGUCUUAAACAAGAAAUGAUACUGGCCGAAGAGGAGACACAAUUUACAUAUCAAAAGAAGAAGGGCAUUGCGGCUGAACGAAAGGAAGCUAAACACGAGAAGAUGGAAGCGGAACGAUAUGCCCGUUUGAAAAAUGAAUAUAAUGAGAAAAAGGUUGAAUAUCAAUUAUUUCGUCUAUAUCAUGUAGAGAAAGAUAUUAAGAAGUUAAACGAAGAGUUGGAAUCAAAACAAGAGGAUGUUAAAGAAGUGGAAAGUCGCAAAGCUGCAGUGGACGAUGUUCUAAAAGAAAAGAAGAAAGAAUCCGGAAAAUUAAGUCGUGAUUUGGCUAAAGUAGAUCAGGAGAUACGUGAGUUCGAGACACAGAUGAAUAAAAAACAUCCGCUCUAUAUUAAAGCCAAAGAGAAAGUUGCACAUUGUCAGAAAAAGUUGAAAUCCUUGGCCAAAACUCUCGAAACUGCACGAGAAGCUGACAAUGCUCAUCAACAGGAUAUACGCAAACUGGAGAAACAACUGAAUGAAAUAGAACAACUAAAGAAAAGAUUUGAGGAUGAAAUAGCAAAUGAAUCAACGCGACGUGGUAAAAGUGUACACAUGGAAGAAGGGCUAGUUCAGGAAUAUGAUAGUCUUAAACAGGAAGCAGAAGCUACCGCGACAAAGUAUCGUUCCCAGUUAGAUUCUGUUAAUCGAGAGCAAAAAUCUGAUCAAGAUUUACUCGAUGGAGAAACAAAUCGUCGAGCAUCGGUUGAGGAAGCCCUGAAGAAACUAACACUUCAACGUGAGGAGGCCAUUAAAAGACGUGACAAAUUAAUGGAUCAUAUCAAAUCAUCAGAAGCUGCCUUGGAAGAACAGAAUCGCAUCAAAGAUGAAUUGAAACGUGAUGUUGGCUGCUCAAAGGAGAAAAUUGCCGAAAUACAAAGCAUACUUGAAGAUGUUAGAGAUCAAUUGGGUGAUGCCAGAAGUGAUAAACAUGAAGAUGCUCGUAGAAAAAAGAAACAAGAAGUUGUGGAACUCUUUAAGAAACAAGUGCCGGGUGUGUAUGAUCGAAUGAUAAACAUGUGUCAGCCGACCCAUAAACGUUACAAUGUAGCUGUAACAAAAGUGUUGGGUAAAUUUAUGGAAGCUAUUAUUGUGGAUACCGAAAAAACUGCUCGCCAAUGUAUUCAGAUACUUAAGGAACAAAUGUUGGAGGUUGAAACAUUCUUGCCACUCGAUUAUUUGCAAGUUAAACCACUUAAGGAACGUUUAAGAAACAUAAGCGAACCACGCAAUGUAAAACUUGUAUUCGAUGUCUUAAAAUUCGAACCGAAAGAAAUUGAACGCGCUGUACUGUUUGCAACUGGCAAUGCUUUGGUCUGUGAAACACCUGAAGAUGCUAUGAAAGUGGCCUAUGAAUUGGAUCGUUCUCGCUAUGAUGCUUUGGCUUUGGAUGGUACAUUUUAUCAGAAAUCUGGUCUAAUAUCUGGUGGUAGUCAUGAUUUGGCCCGGAAAGCUAAGCGUUGGGACGAAAAACAUAUGGCCCAACUGAAAAUGCAAAAGGAGAAAUUGAGCGAGGAGCUCAAGGAAUUAGUAAAGAAAUCCCGUAAGCAAAGUGAAUUGGCCACUGUGGAAUCUCAAAUUAAGGGACUUGAAAAUCGUUUAAAAUACAGUAUGGUGGAUUUGGAAUCUUCAAAGAAAUCGAUACAGCAAUUUGAUAAACAAUUGCAACAAGUUCAAAGUCAGUUAGAUGCAUUUGGGCCAAAAAUUACUGAAAUCGAAAGACGCAUGGAGAAACGUGAGGAGCAUAUUCAGGAAAUUAAAGAGAACAUGAAUAAUGUAGAAGAUAAAGUAUUUGCUGCCUUCUGUCGCCGUUUAGGCGUUAAAAAUAUUCGCCAAUACGAGGAACGCGAAUUGGUAAUGCAACAGGAAAGGGCCCGCAAACGUGCCGAAUUCGAACAGCAAAUUGAUGCUAUCAACACCCAGUUGGAUUUUGAAAAACAAAAGGACACAAGAAAAAAUGUUGAUCGUUGGGAACGUAGUGUUCAGGAUGAAGAAGAUGCCUUGGAAAAAUUACGUGCUGCUGAGAAACGGUACUUGAGUGAAAUCGAUGAGGAUAAAGAGAAAAUGGAAAAGUUGAAACAACUCAAAGCAGAGAAGAAACAAGCGGUCGAUGAUAUGGAAGAAGAAAUAUCUAAGGCACGAAAAGAUGUUGCCAACUUGGCCAAGGAAAUUCACAAUGUGGGCUCUAUGGUGUCGUCGAUUGAAUCAAAAAUUGAAACAAAGAAAAAUGAGCGUCACAAUCUGUUGAUGCAGGCAAAGAUGGAUUGUAUUGCUAUUCCACUAUUGAGAGGAUCGCUGGACGAUUGUGUCGGUCAAGGUGGCGAAAUUGACAGUAAUACACCUUCAACAUCUGCAAAUGCAGUUGUGGACAAGGAAACAAAUAUUGAAGUUGAUUAUUCGAGUUUACCGCGUGAAAUUUGCAAGCUAAAAGACGAUUCGAGUUUCAAGAAAAUGAAUGAAACUUUACAAAAAGAUCUUCAGGCAAAGUUGGAUGUUUUGGAACGUAUACAGACGCCAAAUCUGAAAGCUGUACAGAAACUGGAUGCUGUCACCGAAAAGGUCCAACUGACAAAUGAAGAGUUCGAAAAUGCCCGACGCAAAGCGAAAAAAGCUAAAGCUGCAUUUGAGCGUGUAAAGAAUGAACGCUCCGAACGUUUUACUCAAUGUUGUAAUCACAUUUCCGAUGCUAUUGAUGGAAUUUACAAAAAACUUGCACGCAAUGAAGCCGCCCAAGCAUAUUUGGGUCCCGAUAAUCCCGAAGAACCUUAUCUAGAUGGUAUUAAUUAUAAUUGUGUAGCACCGGGCAAGCGUUUCCAGCCCAUGAGCAAUUUGAGUGGUGGUGAAAAAACAAUUGCCGCCUUAGCUUUACUAUUUUCCAUACACAACUAUCAACCUGCUCCAUUCUUUGUACUUGACGAAAUUGACGCUGCUUUGGAUAAUACGAAUAUUGGCAAAGUUGCCUCAUAUAUACGAGAUCAUACCACCAAUUUGCAGACAAUUGUUAUUUCAUUGAAAGAAGAAUUCUAUGGACAUGCCGAUGCAUUAGUUGGUAUUACACCCGGUGAUGGUGAUUGUUUGGUUUCCAAUGUCUACAUGUUUGAUUUGACACAAUUCCUGGAUAAAUAAUCAGUG